CAAUCAGCUCAACCCCCCUUCAAUUGCUUCCUUCCACCGUACUUCGUUUGGCUGCUUCAACAGGGAUUUUGCUCCCUCCUUCGCAGCUCCAUCAUCCUCGUCCAUCUCAUCAGCCGGCGCAUCAUCAUCUUCAUCCAUUGCUCAACAUCAAUCGUCCAUCAUUAACGGACAUCAAUGUUCGUCCUCGAUCAAUCAUCGCCGUCCAUAAUUCGAUCAAAUCGCAGCCGCUCGAUUUCAUUAAUUCCGUAUAAAAUUCUGCGCUCAAUUGUUUAUCCGAACACAAAGGAAGUUCGGCCGGACCCUAGACUUGCAGGAACUUUUCUAAAUUUUGGGUUCGGUCGAACUUAAUACGAGUUCGACCGACGGGCAGAACCCAGUUACUCUGCUUUUUGCUCUGUUUUUCCUCUGUAAUUGGCGAUUGAGAUACGUUUUGGUGUUGUAUGGUGGUUCGAAUUGAUACUCUGGUUGUUGCGUGAUGGAGUAGUUAGGCGUUUGAUGUUGUUGUUGGUGGGCUCGAGAUGGUGGCAGCCAUGGGUGAGGAUGUUGUUGUGGUUGACUGAGGUGGGAGCAGUUGGUACUACUUGGUGGCUGCUCGGGAAUUGUUGGUGGUUGUGGAGGUGUAGGAUGGUGGUUUGGUGCUAGUAUAAGUGGUGUAGGUUAGGGUUGUAUGAGUGGUGCAGUAUAAGUGAUGGUGUGCACAUCGGGUUUGGCUUGCCAUUAGAAGGACCGUGGAGACCGACCUUAUGCGUAGCCCUAGUGAGAUCGCUGCCCCCAGACUCAUGAAGAAAUUGGCAGACAUAUAUUUCACGAAGGUUAUUGCUGAUUCGGAAUCCGCCUACUCCUUAUCUUCACGUCUUGUUGCCCUAUGGAAAUCUCAGCAGGGGGAUCACUCCUCAGCUUGGUUGCGGGCAGUCCCCAUCUCGGGGUUAGGCCAGACUAUGAACGGUAAGACUUAUCGUUCGGUUCUUUGCUAUCGGUUGGGUAUUCCGUUGUUCUCUGAUUCGACGCCGUGCUCUGCUUGCUCUCGGGUUUUCGACGGGGACAUUUAUGGGGAUCAUGCCGUGUCUUGUGCUGGGAUUGUGGGUAUCAAACAUCGUCAUAAUGUUGUUCGUGAUACCCUUUUGGAUAUUUGCUAUCGGUCGGGGAUUUCUGCUCGCAAGGAGGUUGAUGUUGGGCUGACUAGUGAGAGCGAUGGAGCUCUUCGUCCUGCAGAUAUAUUGCUUUACUCAUGGGAUGGCGGUCUAGAUGUGUGUGUUGACUUGACUGGGUCUUCCCCUAUGACGCAAUCUGGGUUGUCAGGCUUCAUUCCGGGUCGGGUUGUGGCGGUUGCAGCACAGCGGAAGCAGGAUAAGUAUGCGGCACGUUGUAGGGCUUUGGGUUACGGUUUCUUUCCUUUUUCCUUCUCUUCUUUUGGGGAAUUAGAGAAAGGGGCUGUUUCUUUGCUGAAGCGGGUUCAGACGUACUCCAGGGCUCAGGACAUUGGGGCACGAGCAGCUGCCCACAUUUUCAGCAGGAUCGGGUUCGCCAUAGCUAGAGGAGUGGGGGCCCAGAUUGUAUCUCGGCUCCCCUCCAACUUCUUGUAGUUCACUUGAUCUUUAUAGCUUGUUAAGCUUGUAACGUUAUAAUAAUAAUAAUAAUAAUAAUAAUAACAACAAUAUUUAUUAUUAUUGUUGUUGUUGUUAUUAUUAUUAUUAUUAUUAUUAAUAUUAUUAAAUUAUAUUACUAUUAUAAUUACAAAUAAAAAAAAAUAAAAAAAAAAUUAAUAAUAAUAAUAAUAAUAAUAAUAAUAAUAAUAAUAAUCCUCUAGAUUUUGGGCGAUUAGGGCAGGUGGUUCAGGACUUCAGGCUCGCUUGAAUUCCCGACAACGGCCGGCCUGCGGUAAGGGAUCCCCGGCGCGCAUAAUCAGCGGGAGACGGUGGUACGCUGGUUCUCCGGUGGCGUUCAGCGCUUCUCUGUUCGGUAUUUUGGUCCUUGAAGGUUGUAUAGCGUGGUGCUGGUGGUCGCAAGUUUGGUGGUUGUGUAGCGGCAUUCUGGUGGUUGUUUAGCGGCAUUCUGGUGUGUAGGGCAGGUCCGGUGGGGAUCGAAUCAGGUGGUGCAGCGUGGGUUCAGCAGUUUUGGGUGGUGCAACGUGGGUUCGUCACUUUCGUUUGGUGCAGCAGGAUUGUUGUGUUGUUGCGGGUGGUCGUUGGUGUUUCAGCGGUGUUCCGGUGUGGUGGUGUUUAGGUGUUGUUCAGGUAGUGUUCAGGUGUCGUCCCGGUGGGGUUAUUGUCUGACGGUGUGGUGGUGUUUCUGUUUGCAGAGGUUUUUGCGUGGGUUUUGUUUUUCUGCUUCGAAGGUUUUUGCGGUGGGUUUCUGCGUGCAACAUCUGCAGGGUUAGUAGCAUUUGCAGGAGCUAUUACCAUAGUGCAGUUUCGGUAUUCUAGCAUCUCAGUUUCAACGUGGUUUUGGGGUCCGUUUUAAGGUUUCAACGUGGGUUUUCCGGCAGUCUAACACAACAAGCCACACGGUACUUUGGUGGUUUGUUUUGCUUUGGUACUUCCUUGUUUCCCUGAUGUUGUUGUUGCUUUGUGUUAGGUUAUGAUACAUAUGACAAUUCAUAAAUCAUGCAGAAAAACCAUUUAGCCAGGAAUGCAUAUUAUUUACACAUAAUCAUAUAGCAUAGUUUAGAUGCAUACUCUUUGUUGCGUG